GCUGCGACGUGCACAUGAAGGAGGUGCUGCAUAACGGACUGUGAGCAAAGCAUAGCUCAGCCCCUCAACUUUCUCAUUUUCCAGAAGAUGGCAGCUGCUCAGUUGGACCAUAUUUGUGGACUGUUACUGGACUAUAGCGAACAGAGUGAUUUCAGUUGAUCUAUGAGCUGUCUUCUUAUGGAUAAAAUCACUGGACACUAAUCAUGAGACAGAGCACUUCUCGUCGACGGGUGUGAUUUUUUAUGCUUGCUGAAAUGCCUACGUUCUACAUAGUUAUCGAAUUAAUUAUUGCAGUUUUGUCAAUCGCCGGCAAUGUUUUGGUGUGCUGGGCUGUUGCCAUAAACACUACACUUAAAAACGCCACGAACUAUUUUUUGGUGUCCUUGGCUGUGGCAGAUAUCCUGGUUGGAUGCCUGGCUAUCCCCUUUGCCAUCACGAUCAGUAUCGGACUAGAGUCGGACUUCUAUGGAUGUCUUUUUCUAGCCUGUUUUGUCUUGGUGUUGACCCAGAGCUCAAUCUUUAGCCUUCUGGCUGUUGCAAUUGACAGGUACUUGGCCGUCAAAAUUCCGCUCAGAUACAAGGAGCUCAUGACGGGCAAGAGGGCCAGGGAAAUCAUCGCCAUCCUUUGGAUCCUGUCCUUUGUCAUCGGCCUCAUUCCGUUCCUGGGGUGGAACAAGAAGCAGACGGCAUGCCAGAACGCCAGCCUCGCCAAGAACGCCAGCAACAGCAGCUGCCAGCUCCUCUGCUUCUUCGAGAGCGUGGUGGACAUGAGCUACAUGGUCUACUUCAACUUCUUCGGCUGCGUGCUGCUGCCGCUGCUCAUCAUGCUGGGCAUCUACAUCAAGAUCUUCAACGUGGCGCGCCGGCAGCUGCGGCAGAUCGAGCUCAAGUGCAUCAACGGCGAGAACUCGCACAGCCUGCUGCAGCGCGAGAUCCGCGCCGCCAAGUCGCUCUCCAUCAUCGUGGGCCUCUUCGCCCUCUGCUGGCUGCCCGUGCACAUCCUCAACUGCCUGACGCUCUUCUACAACCGGCUGGCCAAGCCCCCCUCCGUCAUGUACGUGGCCAUCGUCCUGUCGCACGCCAACUCGGCCGUCAACCCCAUCAUCUACGCCUACCGCAUCCAGGACUUCAGGAACACCUUCCGCAAGAUCCUCUCCAAACACGUCCUGUGCCGCAAGGACGAGCUGUACCUGAGCUCCAACGGCAGCACGCGGAACAAAGACCAGAUCAACAUGACCAUCGACCCCUUGCUAUAGGGGGUCGCUCCAGUUUGGGUCAUUUUUAAAUGCCAAUCAAAGUGCGGUGAGAAAUGUUUACAGAUCAAUAUGGGAUACAAGGUGUGAACUGCCAUGACAAACGCUGAGCACAAUGCCUUGGGAGGAGGAUUGUAAUUUAUGAAGUAUGUAAAAAAAAAAAAAAAAAAACACAGGGGCAGGUGGUGCGAAUGGGGUUUGACCCUUUCCUGUGCAUCUUAAUCUGAAGGAAAUCCAGGUGUUGUAGAAGGUAAGGGUGUAAACUGGACCAGCAGGACAGUGAUGACCAGUCUUCUGAGAUUAAAUUAUUGACCAGUAUCCUACCCCCCACUCCCCAACCCAAA